AUGGACCUGCGUAGUGCACACAAAUCAAAAGAGAGAAAUCUCUGCUUUUCUCUGUCUCGGAGAUUCAGCAGUGGUCUGGGGACCAAACCUGCCACUGCAUCCUCAGUGCCAGAGAAAGCCAAAUCAUUGCAGUUCCCGCUCAGCAAACAGCGCAAGGGGAGAAAGUUUCUGUGCCUGUCCCGUAAGAAGUUUCUACGGGUGUCUACCUUUGAGACUCUAAGCCGAAGGUCAGAGUUCUUUGCCAAGGAAGAAGAAAAGGAAGAUACGCAGACGAUCCCUGACUGGCAAGAAGAGAAAUCUGCUCCUCCUAUGUUAUUUGCAGAUGAUACAAAGACGCCUACUUCACCUCCCUGGCUUCCUGUUGUGCCCACACCUAUCGAGAUCAUUGUUACUGACAUCACUUCAAACGCCGUCACAGUGACAUUCCGUGAAGCCCGGUCGGCAGAAGGCUUUUUCCGGGACCGCGGUGGCGAAUGCUAG